UGUGCUGGACAGAGCUGGUGGGGCACAGCGAUGGGAGGUGCAUUGUGGGGGAAAAAGGGUCCAGCACGGCAGCAUACAGAGGGGACAAUCUGGACUGGGGCCUCGUCCCGAGGUCGCCAGCCAGUUCACGAUGCAGAAAAGAGGAGCCCUCACGCUCGAGUCGACUUCUGUUCAAUGCGCUCCUGUGGCCGGGUGAUACAGGAGGAGACACAAGAGGUAGAGUUUGAUCGUGCAUGACAUUCCCCGUAUGGGGCAGCCUUGAUGGACGUGGAGGGACGAGGAGAAGAGACGGAGGGAAAUUUUUCGGGCAAAUGGCUUCCAGGUCGUCCGCGUUCAAGGCUCCGGGGGAUGGAGAGCACGGCACAUCAGAGUUCUCUUGGCGGCUAGAACCUGCCAUCCUAUCGGGGGCGACGGGCGGGAAAAUUCUUACGCAUGUGAAGCAGACUCCCGGGUCAUCACAGGGCGAGAGGGUGUGGGAGAGCCAAGGGACUGGCCGGGUCGGUCGAGCCGAGCAGAAAGCUGAAGCGGACAAGCUGAGGUACAGAGCAGAGCCUCCUGCUGCAGGGGAGCAGCGAAGGUUUCGAGAAGGCUGCGGUGCAACCCGAAGCAAGACAGGCGGGAAGAGCGCUGAUCGACGGCCGCGCAGGAGGCGGAAGCGGAACGUUUCGACGCUAGGAACGAAGGGGGCGACACGGUCGGCAGCGGUAAGAGCCGGGAGCUGACAGCAGUCAUCAGGAAAGCCUCUCGGAGGUAACGUUGGGUCCGCAUGGGAGGCGAAAACGAGUGGAUGGCUGUGCGCUGGACUGGAAUAGUCAGUCAGGCUGGCCGAAAUGGUGUCAGACGAUGCUGCUAAACGAG